AUGAUGAGUAGAAUAAUGCCAACCGAGCGAGCUUCGCUUCUUGACACCACCACUCAACGAGGAUACAACUCCAUCGAAAUGAAAAAAGAGAAAGAUAAUCCAAAACCGACUUCCUCGUUCAACCAGGCAAGACUGAAUAUCGGUGAGGAAUCAUGUGAUAUUUUCGCCUAUAAGAAGACAACUUCGAGAACGAUUCUCCAUUAUACUCUCUGUGUUGUCACUUGUGGAAUCUACAUGUUGGUCUGUUAUUGGUAUCCCGCUCUGAUGAUGUCCGUCAGGUUCAAACCAAGUUCCCACGAAGAAUCGGAUUAUCUCCUCAUUGAAGAUGCUCACGGAACCCAGACUUUGAAGGAAAUAUUUGGAACACAUAACGAAGGAGAAAUUGGAAGUCUGGUUAGACGUACUCGGUACGGAACUCUGGAAAAGGUGGACUCCAUUCGUUUCUUCACUUAUCGAAAGAUCCGCUAUAUUUGGUAUGAGAAAGAUAAUGAGUGGCUCAAUCCAGCGGAUUUGGAUAGCACGGCCCCAUUCAACACUAUCAAAAGCUCCAUGACGUACUUGACUGGUUUGACGAAUGAAGAAGCGGACGCCAGAAGACACGUCUACAACCAAAAUGUGCUCUACCUCCCAUUGACACCUCUUCUAAAAAUUCUCUUCAAAGAAGUGCUUGGACCGUUCUAUCUGUUUCAAGUCUUUUCUGUCACUUUGUGGUACGUCGAUAACUAUGCGUAUUAUGCGAGUGUUAUCGUAUUGAUCACUGUGGUGAGCGCCGGGCUUUCUGUUCGUUCCGCUCGAAAGCAGGAAAGAAAAGUGAGAAAUAUGGUUGGAGAGUCUGGUACUGUGACUGUUCGACGAAACAAAGAAGAUAUUGUUGUAAAUGCCUCUGAGCUUGUGCCAGAUGACAUUGUCGUCCUUCCAACGGACACAUUCGUUCUUCCCUGUGAUAUGUUACUACUCAAUGGAACAGUGAUUGUAAAUGAAGCCAUGCUUACCGGAGAAAGUGUGCCAGUGACGAAAGCAUCACUGAAGGAAGCUGAUGAAUGUGGUCCGGAAGUUAGAUUGUCUUCAGAGCACAACCGUCACACUCUUUUCUGCGGAACCAGUGUCUUGCAAACCAGAAACUACAAAAACCAGCCUGUUUUGGCAAGAGUUCUUCGCACAGGUUUCUCGACUUUGAAGGGACAACUAGUAAGAUCAAUCAUGUACCCGAAACCAGCAGACAAAGAGGCUCUCAAUGAUAUCUUCGUGUUUAUUUCGGUUCUUGGUUGUAUUGCACUUCUCGGAUUUGGGUAUACAGUUGGAUUGAUGGUUUCGCGAAGAGAGACUCCAGCACACAUCAUCAUCCGGUCACUUGACAUCAUCACUAUUGUCGUACCUCCAGCUCUUCCUGCUGCAAUGUCUGUAGGAAUGAUCAAUGCUAUUAGUAGACUUAAAAAGAAACUGAUCUAUUGCACAUCGCCAACUGCUAUCAAUGUUUGUGGACUGAUCAAUGUCGCUUGCUUUGACAAAACCGGAACAUUAACUGCAGAAGGUCUGGAUUUCAACAGUUUGAAAGGUGUCAAGAAAGACAAAAAUGGAAAGGUUCAAUUUACAAAAGAGUUCAACAAUCUGGACCCAGCAACACUCAGUGAAGACAAUGCUAAUCUGAACAUUGUUAUCGCAGCGGCUAGUUGUCAUUCUCUCACAAGAAUUGACGGAAAACUUCACGGCGACCCAUUGGAACUGAUUUUGGUAGAGAAGAGUAAUUGGAGUAUCGAAGAAGCAGUUGACUCAGGUGAAGAGACUGAAGAUUUUGACAAUGUGCAGCCAACUGUGCUCCGCCCACCACCAGAGCAUGCCUCUUUCCAUCCGGAAAACCAUGAGUAUUCGGUCAUCAAGCAACACCCCUUCAAUUCUGUUCUCCAAAGAAUGUCGGUAAUCGUAUCAACACCAUCGGAACAUAGCGCUCAUGAAAUGAUCGUGUUCUCAAAAGGUUCACCCGAAAUGAUUGCAUCGCUUUGUUUGUCUGAAACUCUCCCAGAAGAUUACAUGGAUAUCGUGAAUUUGUAUGCUAGACGUGGUUUCCGUCUGAUUGCUGUUGCCUCAAAAUCCGUUCAUAUGAAUUUCGCAAAAGCACUGAAGACACCAAGAGCACAGAUGGAAUCUGACCUCGAGUUUCUUGGUCUAAUUAUCAUGGAAAACCGACUGAAAGAUGUGACUUUGAGUAUUAUCAACGAGUUGUCUGUUGCAAACAUCCGAUGCGUUAUGGUCACUGGAGACAAUAUUCUCACCGCUAUGAGCGUUGCCAGAGAGUGUGGAAUUAUUCGACCGACCAAGAAGGCGUUCAUUAUCAACCACCAUAAAGAUGAGAAAGAUCCGUUGGGAAGGACCAAACUUUUCAUUGAACAAAGCCAAACUAGUUCUGAGAGUGACAUUGACACUGAUUCAGAAGUCCGAGAAUUCGAUUUGAAAGAUUCAAUUGAGAAAUCCAAAUACCAGUUGGCAAUUUCUGGUCCAACAUAUGCAGUGAUCAACAAUGAGUACCCAGAACUGGUAGAGAGAGUCACAGCCGUUUGCGAUGUUUAUGCAAGAAUGGCUCCUGAUCAAAAGGCACAAAUGAUUUCGGCAAAUCAAUCGAUCGGCGCCAAAGUAUUGAUGUGCGGAGAUGGUGCGAAUGAUUGUGCAGCUCUGAAAGCAGCCCAUGCAGGAAUUUCCCUUUCCGAAGCUGAAGCCUCCAUCGCUGCACCAUUCACAUCAAAUGUCCCAGAUAUCAGUUGUGUUGUGGAGGUAAUCAAGGAAGGAAGAUGUGCAGUGGUGACGUCCUACGCAGUUUCCAAAUACAUGGCCGCGUAUUCAUUGAAUGAGUUCCUCUCUGUCAUGUUGCUAUACAACGAUGGAACAAACAUUUCUGAUGGACAAUUUCUGUACAUCGACUUGAUCUUAAUCACAAUCGUAGCAUUGUUCCUUGGAAAUACCGCAGCCGCAAAUAAGCUCAGCCCAUUACCACCGCCCGGUCGCUUAGCUACCAGUUCCUUCUACUUCAGUGUUUUCGGACAAUUAGUCAUCAACAUUGUUACUCAGACUGCCGCAUACGUUUUGGUCCGUGCACAACCUUGGUACAUUCCCAACCCGGAGGCUCUCGAUAACACUACCACUAUGAUUGGAACCACUGUAUUUUUCACCGCUUGCUCCAUGUACCUCGGCUAUGCAUUUGUCUACUCAAGGGGAUGGCCUUUCCGUCGUUCGGUUUUCACCAACUGGCCACUGUGCCUUACUGUUGCCAUUCUCACUGUGAUAAAUUUGUUCAUGAUCUUCACCAACAUUGAAUUUGUGAACAGUGCUAUGGGAUUUGUACACAUUCCAAAAUUAUCGAUGCUCUUCAUCAUUCUGGCCAUCUCUUGGUGCGGCGUAUUUAUCUCUAUAAUUUACGAGCAUUUCUUCGUGGACAGAAUAGUUGCAGUCUACUUUGAAAAUUGGCUCCGCAAACGUCGUCUCAGGAGAGGAGAUACAUCGAUUCCUGCCUAUGAAAGAAUUUUAGCUGAUAUUGGAGGCAGCCCUGCAUGGUUCGAGCAAGAGGUCAAUGUCUCCAGGUCAAUGAACAGAAAGGAGACGAUGGAGAGCCAACUCUAA